AUGGUAAUAAGAAAGAGCGCUGCGAUAGCCGGGUAUUUGGCAAUAAUUAUCGUAAGUGUAGCAAGCAAAAAUAUACAACAUGUACUGACACAACCAGCCCUUGACAAGUAUGAAGUAGAUCUUAUAAUUGAAACCGAAAAUGGAAAAGGACCGACGAAGGAAAUUAAAAUAGAUCUAGGAACAAUAGCAGACAUCGAACUCAACACAGAUAAAAUUGUUACAAUCCGAGAAAGCGCUGGAGAAUGGGAGCGCUGCUGCUCAGCUUCACGUAGUGGUGCUGCCUCAGCUUCACGCAGUGGUGCAUCAUCUGGAUCAUGGAGUGGUGCUGACUCUGCCUCACGCAGUGCUGCUGCCUCAGCUUCACGUAGUGGUGCAUCAUCUGGAUCACGAAGCGCUGCUGCCUCAGCUUCACGUAGUGGUGCUGCCUCAGCUUCACGCAGUGGUGCAUCAUCUGGAUCAUGGAGUGGUGCUGACUCUGCCUCACGCAGUGCUGCUGCCUCAGCUUCACGUAGUGGUGCAUCAUCUGGAUCACGAAGCGCUGCUGCCUCAGCUUCACGCAGUGCUGCUGCCUCAGCUUCACGCAGUGGUGCAUCAUCUGGAUCAUGGAGUGGUGCUGACUCUGCUUCACGUAGUGGUGCGUCAUCUGGAUCACAAAGCGCUGCUGACUCUGCUUCACGUAGUGGUGCGUCAUCUGGAUCACGAAGCGCUGCUGACUCUGCCUCACGCAGUGCUGCUGCCUCAGCUUCACGUAGUGGUGCUGCCUCAGCUUCACGUAGUGGUGCAUCAUCUGGAUCACAGAGCGCUGCUGACUCUGCCUCACGCAGUGCUGCUGCCUCAGCUUCACGCAGUGGUGCAUCAUCUGGAUCACGAAGCGCUGCUGACUCUGCCUCACGCAGUGCUGCUGCCUCAGCUUCACGUAGUGGUGCAUCAUCUGGAUCAUGGAGUGGUGCGUCAUCUGGAUCACAAAGCGCUGCUGACUCUGCUUCACGCAGUGCUGCUGCCUCAGCUUCACGUAGUGGUGCAUCAUCUGGAUCACAGAGCGCUGCUGACUCUGCCUCACGCAGUGCUGCUGCCUCAGCUUCACGUAGUGGUGCUGCCUCAGCUUCACGCAGUGGUGCAUCAUCUGGAUCACGAGUGGUGCUGAUCUGCCUCACGCAGUGCUGCUGA